GUCAUGCAGUUGGUCCUUGAUUGUUUACGCUGCAGCAUGUGUUGAAAUGCCGAGCAGAUUAUGUACGCAUGUACUGAACUUGAAAUGUAGGCUCUCUCAGGGAGCAAGUUUUACACGUCUUAGGCACCGUGUUAUCUGUUGUCCAGUGCUUAAACGGCGUCGGAGAUCGACGCGGGGGAAGUGAAAGGGGCUUGUACGGCGCAAGAAGCGCUGCACUGGUGGAGGUGAGGACCAUGGCAGGGGUUCAGGUGACCUCAUCUCCGGCCAAGUCGUAUACUAUUAAGGACAGGAUAGCGCAGAUCUACUACAAGCACGGCCUGUACUGUUCCAGCCAUCCCCUGACAUUGAUAUCGUUUGCAUGUGUCACAUUUCUCCUUGCAUGUUACCCAUUGUUACACAUUCCAUUGCUCGGAAGUUCCUCGCAGCAAUUUGCCACACCCAUCUCCUUGUAUAGUGCAGAGCUGGAUGCAGAUUCUCAGAAAAUCGGACCACGAUGGUUCCAGGGUCCACCAGUAGCGUACGUCCAACAAGUGGUUGUGCGUUCCGCUGUCUCUCCAUGGCAGUCGGACAUGAUCCUCAUGGAUGCGUUCCGCUCGCCGAUCGCGGAGUCGUUCCGCAUCAUGGAGCUCAUAGGAAAUCACAAGUUGACAGACAGCAGCGGAAGAGUGCGGACGAUGCAGGACGUCUGUCUGCAGGUCGGAGAAACGAAGGACCGUGAGGCAGCAACGGCGCUGCCCCAGUACGGCUGCCUGGUUGUCUCCCCCACUUAUGUCUGGAAGCAGGAUUACAACAGCUUCCUUCAGGAUGGCAAGAUCCUGGCUAGUAUAUUUAACCAGAAAGGUGACACGUCUGAAUCCUACUAUCUCAGAGAGAUCCUCUUUGGAGUUCCCUGGAAAGAGACUGGCGUGAAAAAAUUCUGCGUGAGGAACAGACAAAGGGUGAUUACCUAUGCCGUCACCAUGAUACUCAAGGAAUGGGACCCAAGCACAAUGUAUUCCCUGGAAGACAAGCUGCUGGAAACGUAUCACCAGGGAGACAACUCUUCUGCAAAGCAGAGGGACCAGAAGGAAAUUGUGCACGUCCACUUUCAGUACCAGCACACAUUGGCUGAGUUUGUGCCUCUGGCAGCUGUCUACAUCAUCCUCUUUUUCUACAUCUACUUCUCUGUCCGAAAAAUUGAGCUGGUCAAGUCUAAAUGGGCCAUUUCCAUUUGUGCCGUGCUGACUGUCAUGAUGUCACUGUUCAUGUCCGUCGGACUCUGUCUGUGGUUCGGGUUGAAUCCAACGUUAAAUGGGAGCCCCUUGGUGUCGCCUCGUUCCUCGUGCAUGCCGAGCGAAAUCUUGCCCUACCUCGUCGUGGUCAUUGGGCUGGAAAACAUGCUGGUACUCACAAAGUCCGUCGUUUCCACUCCAGGACAUGUCGGAGCAAAAGUACGGCUGGCACAAGGUCUGGGAAAAGAAGGUUGGUCGAUCACGAAAAACCUUCUCACGGAACUGGUGCUUCUCACGUUUGCUUUCUUCACCUUCGUCCCAGCAAUUCAGGAGUUCUGCAUGUUUGCAGUUGUGGGUCUUCUGUCAGACUUCUUCCUGCAGAUGGUAUUUUUCGCCACUGUGCUCUCCAUCGACAUACAAAGGAAAGAGAAAUCUGACCUAAAGAAGGGAAAGUCUGAAGCAGUAUGGUCUGGGGAAGACAAUACAAGAAAUGCUGCCGGCGCUGCAUACCGGACCAGGCGGGGUGAUGGUGUUCCCGUGAUGUCCUGCCAUCCGACUCGAGCGACGGCACGAGUGUUUGCGACUCCGACAUCGCCCAUCUUGAAGUUGCCCAAGCGCCUGCGUCUUGUCUAUUUCUGGGCACGAAUGCGCCUUAUACAGAGGGGUCUCAUGGUUUGUCUGGUGAUCUGGAUCAUAGUGCUGAUUCAUAGGAUGGGGAUUGUGGAGAGACUGACGGACAACACAACGGGCAUAACACCCAAGCUUGCAGAAUCAGUGCACCCUAUUUUGCAGAUGUUCACCGGCCAGAAUCGUUCCGAAGAAACUGAAGACGCGACUAAGGAGCAGCACCUUGAAAAUGCAAACCUUCAGCAUUCCAAGUUAAAGCUUUGGGAAGCAUUGCCUACCAAACACUGGACAACACUUUUUGGAUACUAUAACAUAUCCCUUUCUGGAAGGUACAUCAGCAUCUUGCCACCAGUGCUGCUAUCUGUGCCAAUUCCUGCCACCAAAGCCAUUCAGAUGCGCCAUGUAGACGACCAUCGAAUUGUGUUCCACGCCAAUUGGCGCAUCAUUCCAAACAUUGACGCCGAACCAGCAGAAAACUCUCCGGGUGGUCUGAUACACCCAGCGAGCCAGGCCGAAGUGACACUGGUGUUUGCACUCUCCGUGCCCAGCAUAGUGUUUGUGGUGUACCUGUUUGUGACGUUGUAUCGCUGCAUGUGUUCCCGCAACUAUGCUGAGUGGCGCACUUCCUGGUCGGCCCUACGGCCACCAAAAGGAGGAGACGAAGACACGUACUUGCUCAUGGAGACCUAUCCCAUACGCUUACAGGGACACAACCAGGAGGUGGAUUGUGUGAUUACUGAGGACAGCGCGAUUCUCAGUUCGGACCUUAGCGGGAACAUUGCCAUAUGGGACGCUAACACUGGAGAGUGCAUCAACACACUAAAAAGAAGAAGGAACGGUCGCAAGGAGCGCAAACUUGAAGGAUGCGACCUCCGCGGAAGCUUUUCUUCCGAUUCGACGUACGGUUCUUCACCGACGGAUUCGUGCGAUCCAGGAUGCAGCUGUGCCCAGAGUGCCUCGCAAGACCAAAGUAACGGCCCAGGCAGAAACCAGAGUCACGGAUACGACUUUUCCAAGUACGUGUCGGAACAGUGGAGUCCCAUAGCAACCGAUGCAGACGACAGGGUGUACCGGCAGCUAUCGGAAUCUAACUGCGAGGACUUAUGCAAGGCGGUUCGUGGUACAGCAUCCUGGAAAGGCAAGCCCAGCAUUCCAUUCCAAGCUCUGUGGUGCAUGGGCUGCUACGGACCUUGGCUGGUGAUUGGAUGCGAGGGAGGUAGACUCGAGCUUUGGCACACGCUGACUGGUGAUCUGUGCGGAACAUACACUGACAACGCUGAAGGCGUGACCACAGUUACUGUUUCUGGGCACAGGGUCAUCGUGUCAAGAAUCAAUGGCAUGCUGGAGUGUUGGCACCUGGAGAUAACAUCCGAGAGGAAGCCAUCUGAAAGGGGAGCAGGAGAUGGCAGUGGAAGUGAGGUGUCGGCCAAGCUGGUGUGGGUGAACAGUGUUCGUGCCCACACCCAGCCAAUCUCCGUCGUCUGCAUGGGAGGAGGACAGGUGGUCACGGGGAGUCUGGAUCGCCUGCUGAAGGUGUUCCGCUGCGAUACCGCCAUGUGCGUGUACACCCUGCAUGGCCACAGCGGCGGCAUUUCUGCAAUCCACGUUGAAACGCCCGGUGCAUCGACGGCCGUUAGCGGGUGUCAGGAAGGCGUGGUGUGCGUGUGGGAUCUGAUGACGGGGACUUGCGCCUACAGCCUGACGGCACAUCGAGGCGCAGUGCUGGCUCUGCGCACGACCAGCCUCUACCUGCUGAGCCUCGGCUCUGACUCGAGGCUUCGCAUAUGGGAGAAGACGCAGGGUCAUCUGCUCCACACCCUUUAUCAGGCCAACAGCCUCUGUAGAAACAUGGAGCUCCUGUCAGAAAACAUCGUCAUAACUGCCAAAGAGGACCACCUUGUCCUUUGGGACAUGAACCACGGGGAAGCAAUUCAAGUGAUCAUGCUCGGCCCGAGUGACAGCGGCGUCAGCAUCCAUCAACUUCACCGCACUGCUGAGGCUGUUCUGUGUGACUACGGCUACGAACUGUGUGUGGUGUAUUUUCCAGCACUCUCAACCAAGGUCGACUGAACAGCGACCUGCAUAGUCCAUUACGUUAUUUAACCCAUUUUAAAGGUCACAAAAACUGCAGACACCACCCACAAACAUUUCCGAAGGCUCUAAGCAAUGUUCACAAUGCGUGAUUCUGUGAUGGAACUCCGUUUGUCGGUGAUCCGAGGACACAAGGUCGUGCAGUGGGUUGGGUCCGAGGGAGGUGACCGGCGAAUUGACGACAAUCAGUGAUGGUUGAUAUAAAGACGCUAAUCUCAAGCAGCACCGAGUUAAAUAAAAGUAACAGUAAACAGUAGUAUGUGCGCGUCUUAGAGGUGCCGAAGUUACGAGUUCGGCAACGUAUGAUAGUUGCACUGUAGGGAGCACUUCGGGUUUUGGGUUUGGGCCGGGUUUGGCUUCAUUUAGGGAAGGGCCUUGCGACCACACUGAACUUUCGGCAACCAGGUCGGGCCAAGGCCGGCUGAUGAAUGGCAAGGCCAGUGCAGUGCUCUAGUGUGUGCACUGAGAUGCAGCACCCUAUCUCAUGGCAAACCCUGUCAUGGUAAGCUGUCAUACCCUGUAUGACAGCUACUUGCAUGCACGUCAGUCUUUUUAAUGGGGAACAGUAUACUUGCCUUGUUCUUGUGCCUUUGUUCAGUCAUGAAUGUGAUUUGAUUUUAUUAACUCAGGGGGCGCGGAGUAAAAUGAAAUCUGGGGAUCCGACAUAGUGAUUGCUAGAUGAUCUAUUGCCAGUGGUGGUCCUCUCUGCUGAGAACAUCAGCAAAUUCCCGUCUGGGAAGAACAUACUCGACUACAUUUUGGGGGAAAGGGAAAGCCCCUCACUUGCUAUACCCACGGUGCAAAUAGGGGCGGAUCCAAGAUUUUUCUGAGAGGGGGGUCCAGCCAUGGUCAACACGGUAGACACAUGAUCUAGGUCAAUUAAACACUAUGUGAAGACAGAAAUUGAGGAGGGGGUCGGGACAUCCUGACCCCCUCUAGAUCCGCCCCCGGGUGCAAACCAGAUGCGGCACAUAGCAAAGUUGUCGAUUCUUAAUUGGUGCAAGUGCUGCCUAUUGGCUUGCAAUUGCUUGGCUUGGGCCCCGGUUUCACCAAUGCCAACUCACACUUGAACCAAGAUUAAUGGUCCCUUAACUCCAAUUUAACGCUCAACUCUGCUUCACUAAAAGCAAUUAUUUUCACUGACACACUCAACACAUCACCAACUAACGUUUGUAAAAAAGAAUUGAGCGUUAACUUCAGGUUUUAGCUACCCUCGAUCUCGGUUCAAAGUUAGUCAGCGUUUGUGAAGCAGGGCCCUGCUUACCGAAGCUGCCUUUAGGGACCAUGCGAGCCGACUGCAGGGACGUCGGAGGUCCAUCGUCACAGGGGUGACCGUGGGCACAAGUUUAAAGGAUUGAUAUAUUAAGAAUGUUCUGUAUAAAGAAAAGAGAAAAUGUAUAUAGGAAUGACACAUGCUACAUGCAGUGCAGAAUGACUCCAAGUCAGUGGCUUCCACUUAUGGCAUUCUGUUAAUUUUGAAGUAACUGGUGAAUGACAGAAUCUUUGUUUGAAAUGAAUUUUGCAUCGGAGCAGUAGUGACGGUAGCGGUGAGCAUAUUUGUGAGAGGUAACAGGUUUUUGCUUACUACUUAAGAAGAUGUUGCCUACAGCAAAUGAAGAAAAAACCACUUGCUACAAAUCCUGUAAAAACCUGCCUUGUAAGACUGGAGAGCAGACAUCCGAAAGCACUCUGAGGUCGGGUACGGAGGGAUGUCCCCCCGCCCCACUUUUUCACAUCCCUUGCUGAUCCUCUUGCAUGCAGAAAGCUGCGUUAUGAUCUGUCUUGUCUGUUUGAUGACCUUGUAUAGUUUUAUGUCACACUGUUGUAUGUCUUUACACCAAACCAUACCAAGACUGUUGUAUGUCACGAAAGUUUGCUACUUUUCGUCGACGUGAUUUGUUAUCAAUAUUUAUGAUGUAAUAAUUUAUGAGAACCACUAAUAUGAUCAAGGUACGUGACCAGUCACCCAGUCUUAUUGAUUGCUGCCAUAAUUGUAAAAGCUCGAUAAAUUCGACAAAUUCGCUGGCUUGCUUGGUUCUGCUAUAAAAACCAUAAAAACCAUUCCAAGUA